AUGGGCUCGGGGAAGUCUUUGGGAGUGAUAUUGGUACUCACAAUCCUUGUAGUCCGAGUACCGAUUGGAAGCGAAUCGAGUUAUUCGAACUCGAGUUGGCGAGGGAAGCGUGCCGCCAGUGGAGGGCCGCUUCUCCUAACGCCUUUAAUACAGGCUGGGAAAAUCAGUGAGGCAAAAUGGCGAGCUUACGUUUACCAUCCGGAGAUGCUGAAAGUCAAAAGCUACGCUGGUUUCUUCAGCGUCGGUGCUGAUGAAGAUCCAAAUCAUUUGUUCUUCUGGUAUUUUCCUUCGAAGAAAGAUCCGGUGGGCGCUCCGGUGAUCGCGUACAUCGAGUCUGCUUUUGGAGUGUCAUCGCUCUACACUUUAUUCGCCCAAAAUGGUCCAUUCUCGGUGAACUCGGAUGGCAGCAGCUUGGAGCUGCGAGAAGAAUCCUGGAACAAGAAACAUCAUGUGAUUUACAUGGACAGUGCGGUCGGAUCGGGUUUCAGUUACACGGAGAAGGACACUGGUUAUCCACAGACCCUGAAAGAAGUCGGGAACAGGGUUUGCAAAGCGGUGCUACAAUAUUUCCAAAUGUUUCCUCACCUUCGAGAAAACGAUUUUUACCUGGCUGGUGAAACCUUCGCCGGUAAAUUAAUCCCCGAGGUAGCAUUAUGCAUUCAGGACUACAAUUUCCAUGAAAUUGAAAUGGAGACCGCAGCGAAGAAGCACUCGAAAUAUAUGCUUGGAUUUGCCAACGAUAACAAAAAAAUCAAAUUGCAAGGAAUAGUUAUCGCUAACGGCUAUACACAUCCGGAGACUCAGCUUAAGUACGCCCAAUACUUUUUGGAUAUGAAGAAAAUUGUACUGUCUGAGAAAACACCU